CGCUUCAUUACCUUUCGUCCCCUGGGCUUGGGGGCCAACGGGCUGGUGCUGUCAGCCCUCGACAGCAAGAGCUGCCGCAAAGUGGCAGUGAAGAAGAUCACCAUCGGCGACGCGCGGAGCAUGAAGCACGCAUUCCGGGAGAUCAAAAUCAUCCGCCGCUUGGACCACGAUAACAUCGUGAAGGUGUACGAGGUGUUGGGGCCGAAGGGGACCAACCUGCGUGGGGAUUUUUUCAAGUUUAAUGUGGUGUACAUCGUCCAGGAGUACAUGGAGACGGACCUGGCGCGGCUGCUGGAGCAGGGGAAGCUCGCCGAGGAGCACGCCAAGCUCUUCAUGUACCAGCUGCUGCGGGGGCUGGAACACGUCCUCCACCGUGACCUCAAGCCUGCCAAUAUUUUCAUCAGCACAGAGGACCUGGUGCUGAAGAUCGGUGACUUCGGGCUGGCCAGAAUCGUGGAUCAGCAUUACUCGCACAAG